AUGAAAUGGGCGCGUAAGUGCCUGUUGAUGGAUUUCUUAACCACGCUUGUGUGGCCGCAAAACGAAACAGAUGAAGAUAAGAGCGCCUAUGUUAAUGAGAUAGUCAGUGAAGCCAAUGCGUUAUUUGGGACCAAUCUAGUGUUGACAAAGGAUCUCAUCUGUCUGAUCAAUCAUGCCGUCACACAAUUCCAUUCCGGUCUUAUAGAUCUUGUUGAUCGGUUUGCAAGCGAGUUUAUGCUCGAACCCCUGGGUACGAUGUCCAAAGAUCAACGCCUAGCCUACAUGGUGAAUCACAGAAUAGCGCUCCUCGAUUCAUCUGAGGAGAAUCGAUGGCAAUAUUUUUACACGACUUUGGAAAAAAUCCAUUUGCUUCAUUUUUAUGCAAGCGCUUAUACGCCACUUCGCGAUGAGAAAUUCCUGACGGAGCUCAACACAACAACACCCCAUAUGUUCUCACAUGUUGCAGUUGGAGCGGAGUGCGGUAUCGAUAAGGUUGUAGAAGAAGCUUUUGGGAGAAAUGUGCGGUUCCUCGGCAAACGAUACACCCCACGACAACUCUCCUACUUCAACGCUGUCAAGCAUGCCUUACAGCUUCCAAUCCACAAGGAGACUUUACCGGCACAGUUUAUAGACCUUCAUAACAGAGGCCUUCAGGUCUUGAAAGCCAAAUCGGGCUUGUUGCCUCUGGAAAGGCAUAUUUACGUGCCUGACACAAUGGAGCAAUUAUUUAGACCGUGUCAAGCACUGGCAGGUGCUACUAGUAGUGAUGGUAGCAUGCUGUACCCACAAUCAUCGUCUGUCAGCGCAGUGCCGCAGAUGCCUGUCCAGGAGGGGCUGCUGUACCCGCAGUACAUGACAGGUGACCUCUCAACUGGAUCUUCCAUGGUUGUACAUUCUCAGGCUAAUACAGGUCCUGUCUGCCAUGACACUGAAUGCUACGAGCCAGAGAAUCAAGACUGCAUAUGGCAACUUGAAGAGGCCGCAUUCGUGAUUCUGAGUCUGUAUACUGCCUUGUACUACUUAGCAAAAUCAUACCCUCCAGUACCGCUCACGAGCGUUGCACACUCCAAGAACAUGGCUGUAUGGUGGCCUCGACUUUCCUCAAAAUCUGACUCAGACAGAGAGGAGAAUAUAUCCGAAGCAGGUCGUGAUGGACAUCCGGCAUAUGUUGUCCGUUUUCUAGUCUAUUUUACUAGAUUAACAGUUUUUACAGGAGUCGACUGGCGCCACCGACCUGCCGUUGAUGACAACAUCUCUGUGUUAGGAGAGGAGUCAGAUGACGAAUACAUAACAGAUGCUGAAUCCUCAAAUAGGGCAGCCGUCGAUCCACUUUCGACCAUUCAAGCUUCUUUCCUCGUCCAACGGGGUCACCUUCAAGCUCUCUGGAUACAUGCUACCUACAAGUUUCUAUUCCAUCUACAAACUGCACUCCAGUUCGCCCGCCUCCAAGGAGAUAUUAGUACAAAUAGCACGGGCCAAUCCAUUACAGCACAUGAUGGGAAUGUUUUGGUGGAUUUAUGUCUCGCAGAGCUCAUACUGAACCUGGACUCCUCCAAGGAAGGUAUACCUAGUCUGUUGGAAAUAAUUUAUCCUCAUACCUCUCCAAAGUCCAUGGAUAGUGCACGACUUAUCAUUGGCUCCGUCAACUCCACUGCCGACCUUGUAAGCAUUAUCAUCGCAGACAAGUUGCCAGCAUCCACCACUCGUCUAGAUAUCAGCUCUUGUGCUCUACGGCUUCACUCUUCACAGCUGAUCCCUUUGGAAGGAGUCCGGUUACAGUCACAGAGCCCUUCUCUAGCAAACUAUCAUACUACUGCCAUUCCGCAGACUGUAUGCACUCUCACUAUCCGUGACAUCAAUGACACUGUCUUCAUUCACUUGAUUGCCUUCGCACAAACUGUAUUUCGCCUACAGGGGGUAUCAAGUAAAUGGAAGCCGGUCUCCGACCAAGCACUUCCAAACUCUGGGCCGUCUCACCUCAUGUUCACGGUCGCCCUUCGUCCCAUUAACAUUCGUGCCACAACUGAAUAG